GAGAAGAAGAGAAAACAACAUGCUGUCUGCAGCUUGAGUUGCAUUAGACCGUUUUACAGCAUUAAGUAUCGUUAAUAUUAUUGUUUUCCAGAUUGGACGUCAAUAAAGACACAUGGCGGGAAAUAUUAAAGAUAAAGAAGCAUUUCAGCGCUUGAACUUCCUCUAUCAAGCGGCUCAUUGUGUUUUGGCCCAAAAUCCAGAAAAUAUUGACUUGGCAAGAUUUUACUGCUUUACGCAAAAGACCAUUUCCAAACGACUGGUGCUGCGACAAGAUCCUUCAGUGAAAAGAACCAUUUGCAAGAAAUGUUGCACUUUAUUGGUACCAGGUGUCACAUCAACUGUUCGACAAAAAAGGGGACCCAGACGACAGUGCAGGACCAUUGUGCGAUGUUUAAGUUGUGGACUGACCAAACGGUUCCCAAACAACCCAAAGCAUAAACUGUGGGUGGACCAACCAGAGGCUCAACUAGAAAACCAGACUCUGCCAGAUGCUGGUCCUUCAUCUAAAUACACAAUCCAAGAGAAGAAAUCAGAUUUUUCAAGUGGUCCAGCUCCCACAUCACAGAAGACUUUGUCUUCAGAUCAGAAAAAUCUGACUUGUGAAAACUGAGGCCAUUAGUUGCAGUUCCUCUUUGAUGGCAAUUUAUUUGUUGUUUCAGAGAAGAGAUAUUCCACACUUCGACAAUGUGAAUGCCUUCGUAGAUGGUCUUUUUUUAUUAUUAAAAUGCAAUUUUGUUGUACUUUGUACAUGAUCUGAGUAAGUGUUUUGAAUUGCAAUAUAAAAUAAAAGUCAUUUAGUGAGUAGUCA